CCUAAUAGUAAAACACUGACAGGAUACCUUUAAUGCACUGAGUAGCCUACUUUUACUUUUGGUACUUUAAGCACAUUUUGCUGAUGAUACUUACAUACUUUUACUUAAAUAAGGUUUAGAAUGCAGUAGCCUACUUUGACUCGUAAUGAAGUUUUUCUCAGUGUGAUAUUAGUAGUAGACAGUAGUAAAAAUUAGUAAAGGAUCUGAAUACUUCUUCCACCACUGCCCUUUAAUGGAGCUAGCAAAGAGCCAAGCUGCAAUAUUGAUACUGGGGGGUUUGAUUUAGGAGGCAGUCUAACCAACACCUGUCAGGAGACAUUUAAGUCUUGACUCCAGUACCACACUAACGUUAUAUCUCUGGUCAGCUUUAGUCUGGAACUUUCUUUUGGCUACCUGUUAACCUAGCUGUCUGUCUGGGAGGAGGCAGCCACUUUCUUCAUUAGGUCUCCUUUAAGCCUCUCUCCCCGGCUGCCCCUCCUCGUUCGCCAGCAUGACGCUCCCUCCGCGCGCACACAUUCUUUCCCUCCCUCUCUAACUUUGUCUCGUCCCUGAAGUAAACUUUUCAACCAUUAUUGAUAAUCUUUCCAAAAUCACUGCUGUGACGGGAAGAAAUGCCUGUUGUGAGGACGGGAACACGGACUUGUGAGCACCGUUUCUGACAGCUGAGCUCCUUAGGCUAUGCCCCAGUCCCCUCUCUGAUGAGACGAUGAGAACCCACACCCGCGGGGCCCCCACAGUCUUUUUCAUAAGUCUACUGUGGCCCCUGCUGGCAGCGGAAGUGGACCCCAGUGGAGGAAUCCCCUUCAUGGGAGGCAACUAUGAUGGUCAUCCCAUGCUGUACUUCAGUCGGGGGGAUGUGGAGGAGAUGCAGUACGCUGCCGCGGGGACUCAUCAGGACAUGGCGAGGAGGAUCCGUGAGGCUGGUGAAACCAUGCUGGAGCAUCCCGAGGAGUACCUGCCCCCCUGGAGCCCCGUAGAGUUUAGUGCUCGCUGGAACGAGGUGUAUGGAAACAACCUGGGUGUGCUGUCCAUGUUCUGCCUGCUGUAUCCGCACAGGGCCGGGGCCCUCGACCUGGCCAAGGACUACAUGGAAAGGAUGGCAGCUCAGCCUAGUUGGUUGGUCAAAGACGCCCCCUGGGAUGAAGUGCCUUUGGCGCACUCUUUGGUUGGGUUUGCCACUGCUUACGACUUUCUGUACGAGUACUUGAACAAGGGCCAGCAGGAGCGUUUCCUCCAGGUGAUCGGCAACGCGUCACGCCUGAUGUACGAGAAGUCCUACGUCCGAGGCUGGGGGUUCCAGUACCUGCACAACCACCAGCCCACCAACUGUGUGGCUCUGCUCACAGGAAGCCUGGUUUACAUGACCCAAGGUUACCUCCAGGAGGCCUACCUGUGGACCAAGCAGGUCCUGUCCAUCAUGGAGAAGUCCAUGGUGCUUCUGCAGGAUGUGACAGAUGGCUCCCUGUAUGAAGGAGUGGCCUACGGGACUUACACCACCCGUUCCUUGUUCCAGUACAUGUUUCUGGUGCAGCGUCACUUUGCCAUCAGCCACUUCGACCACCCCUGGCUCCUUAAACACUUCGCCUUCCUGUACAGAACGAUCCUGCCUGGAUUUCAGCGGACUGUAGCCAUUGCAGAUUCCAACUACAACUGGUUCUACGGGCCAGAAAGCCAGCUGGUCUUCUUGGACCGUUAUGUGUUGCGUAAUGGCAGUGGAAACUGGCUGGCCAAUCUGAUUCAUCAAAACAGGGUGAUGGAAGGGCCAGGGCAGGCUGGCAAAGGCCAGAGAUGGUGUACUCUCCACACAGAGUUCAUCUGGUAUGACCCGGGCCUGAUUCCCAAGCCUCCAUCGGAUUUUGGAACAUCUCAACUCCACUACUUCGAGGACUGGGGCGUGGUCACGUAUGGCAGUGCUCUACCUGCAGACACCAACCGCUCCUUUCUCUCCUUCAAGUCGGGGAAGAUUGGGGGGCGUGCCAUCUUUGACAUCGUUCACAGGAACAAGUACAAAGAGUGGAUCAAAGGGUGGAAGAACUUUAAUGCUGGUCACGAACACCCUGAUCAGAACACUUUCACUUUUGCACCAAACGGUGUCCCAUUCAUCACUGAGGCACUGUACGGACCCAAGUACACUUUGUUGAACAAUGUGGUGUUGUUUGGCUCGGCUGUGUCAGGGAGUUGCUUUAAGCCGUGGGCUGGACAGGUUACAGAAGCCUGCGAUUCCAAGUGGUUAAACUACAAGGUGGGGCUGGCGGCUGAUGCCCAGGGCAGAGUAGAAGCAGCUAUGGAGAGACAGGGAAUGGUCUUCAUCCGUGGUGAGGGACAUUCUGCUUAUAAUCCAGAGCUGAAGAUCAGGAACUUCCAGAGGAACCUGCUACUUCUUCACCCACAGCUCCUGCUCCUCGUGGACCACAUCCACCUGGAUGCCGACAGCCCAACCAGGGCCAUGAGCGCCUUCUUCCACAACACAGAACUUCCGUUCCAGGGUACAAAGGUAGAUGGUGUUCAUGGAGUGUUUGUAUCACACGGUGAAGACAAGUAUAAGAUGUUCUGGAUGGAUGACACAGGCUACAGCAACAAAGGAGUGGUAGGAUACUGGAACUACCCUCGAGGGUACCCGUAUAAUGGCUCUAACUUUGUGAACGUCACAAUGCCAUUGAGGUACCCGCACACCAGGGUGGCCUACAUUUUCUUUGGACCAGGCGUGGAUGUACAGAGCUUCAGUCUGCGUGGCGAUGACCAGAGAGUGGACAUUUACCUGGCCACCAAGGAACACUCCUACACCAUCUACCUGCUGACCGGGGAGGUCACCAGCAAGCCUCUGUUUGCCAUGGUGCUGCUGGACCACAAGAAGAUCGUGUUCGAGAAGACGCCGGCUGAGGCGGACAGCUCGCCCAAAGAAGUAGAGGAAUAUGUCAACGUGAUGGAGGACAACCUCCAGCACGUCAAGCCUGUCUUCCAGCAGAUGGAGAGACACAUCCUAGGACGGGUUCUCAACACUGCCAGCUUCCGUAAGACUGCAGAGCGCCUCCUUCAGUUCUCCGACAAGAAGAAGACAGAGGAGGUCAUCAAGAAGAUGUUUUCUAUGUCUAACAAACAGGGCAAGGGUAAAGGGGGGAAGAAAGUGAACCUUGGGGAGAAGCUUUCUGAGAAUCUACCUGACAUUUUUGCACAGAUUGAAGUGAAUGAGAAGAAGGAGAGACAGAGGACUUCGAAGCGUACAUAUGAGGACAGUCCAGAGGAGGGGGAUACAGACUCACGGGCCUUUAUAGAUUAUACAGACGGCCGCAAAAACAGAAAGGGGGGCUUUGUCAAGGGCCGCAAAUUCAAUGAGGUUCUCAUGGUAGCCACUGCAGGGAGCGAGGGUCUCUCCAGCACGGCCUCCUACAUAAGACUCUUUCUCCUCCUGAACACUGCCACCUUCUUCCUGCUGCUGGCUGUGUUACUGACUCGCUUUCAGAGGGGUCGAAGCUUGCACACGCAGAGAUGUUUCUACACCGUCCUCCUGAUCGACUGCUUCAUCUUACUGUACCUCUACUCUUCCUGCUCCCACACACAGUGUUAACAUCGGGAGCAUGUCCGGGCCUUCCCACUACACACGACCUGUUGUUCACGGUGAACUAAAUGCACCCCACACCUCAGUCUGAGCCGGACCUUACGACAGAAUAUUAGGACCACCGUUAGGGGGAAAAAAUGAGAUUUCAAGAAAAAAAAGUAGAUUUUCAGAAACUUUUACAAAAGUCAUAAUGUUACGUGAUGCUUAUUUAAAUACUGAUUUCUACUUAUAUCUUAGUCAUAUGCAGUCUUGUUUUAAUAUUAUGACUUUUAUCCCCAUAAUAUGAUUUUUAGCAUUAUAUAAUUACUUAUACUUGCAUACUGUUAGAACUUUUAUUCCAGUAACGUUAUUAUUUUUAUACCCCAAAAAUAUUGUGACUUUAUUCUUGAAAUCUCAGAUGUUUUUUUUCUAACAAUGGCCUAAUACCUGUAAGAUCUACCUAAUGGGUGUUCAGGAAAAACAACUGAUUCCAAAUAGGAAUUGAUGAAUUGCCAAGAUGAAACCAGACCACCUGUGCUGUAAUAAGCUUCUGUGGAGCUUUAGAGCGGAGUCUGAGUCAAGUUUGUCCUUUGUAGCGUUCAGAGGUCCUGCUGUGUCUCAGACCUCAAGGUUAGCCACUAUAAAACAGUUGCCUCACCUGUACUUGAGAUUGGUCCUGUCUACAUAGUUGAUAGAAAUACAUUUAAAUGUAUAUAUGUGAAAGCAAGAUAUAUUUUUUUGGUCAUUUUUUUACCAUUUGUAAAUAAAAUUACUACCUGCAUAGGUGGGCAUCCAGUGUGUGUUGUGUCGAGUGAAUGACAAUAAACUAAAUAUCUUUGGGUUGUGGACAGAACAAGACAUGUGAGGAUGUCAUCUUGAGCUUUGGUAAACACCGAUCCACAUUUGUCCCUGUUUUUCCCUGUUUUCUGACAUUUUAUACACCAAACAACAAUGAAAAUACUUGUUAGUAGCAGUUGCCCUAGUGAACUAAAAAACAAAAGGAAAAUAUAUUUAUAUUACGGUGGCUAAGAGAGCUCCACAAACAUAAAGGGUCUUUGUAUUGUGCAUGCUGGCUCACUGUCAAACAGACCCGAGCUACCCUUAAUGUUUUUACUUAAACCUGUGCUUUUCCUAACGUGUCAACGUGGGAUGGAUGGUUGAGAUGCCCAUGUUAAUGAUGUGCAAGUGUUCACGUCAUCAGACAACUUGAGAUGAUUGUAUGACUGCAGAGUUGAUCGUGUGAGGGUUAAAUUUGGCUUUAAUUGUACUCAGCGACGGACUUUAGCUGGCAUCAGGUGUCCAUGUUUGCUACGAGGGUACCAAGAGUCGGAUACAGCAGCGCUUUCUGAAAAGUCUGCGCGUCCCAGUUGUGAUCACAACUUGGAUGUUGACGUCAGUGAUAUGACAUGAACAGCAUUAGUGUCCCCAGGAUACAUGUAUUGUGUUGUAACUCAGUUCAGGUGUUGUGUACAGCUUGCAACUGACCACUCUUAAUUUCCUUGUGUUUUUUGUACAUACAGCACAUUCCUUUAUGCUAAAUAUGUGCUGUUACAUUGGUGGAUAUUUUACAAAAUGUUUUUGUGCUUUACGUAUUUGCAGCGAUUAUUUCUAAAUGUAACAUAAUGUGUUGUCAAAGUGAAGAAGAUGUUUGGUUCCUUAAAGGAUGAGGUCAUACCUUUUAUAUUUUUCUUUUUGAAACCAGCGAUGUGUUAGUCUGUCUCUUAAUACUCUUCUCUAACCUGUCUGUGUCUCACAGCCCCAUGCUCAUUCAUUCAUACUGACGAUUUAAAUCUUUACUAAGUUUUGCAAAUAUAAAGUUUCAGUUUUAAAGGUCAGUAAUUCACAGCUGGUCACUGUAGGGAGGAAGUGCUGCAUUUGUUGGGGACUAUUUUCAGCAGCAGAUAAUUAAUAACAGAUUUGGAGCUCUAAGUAUUUACCACAGGAGGUCGGUGUGAGUGUGUGGGACUGAGUCUAAAUAAUUACAGUGUGUGUGUUCAUGUCAGCCUGUGCAACAGUGUGGCUCAUUUAUGUGUUUUUAAUAACAAUGGAGCACAACUGUGGCACAGAGGAAGAAGAUCCAUCAGGAUUUGGAUACACACACAAAACCUGUUAGUAGAUACACUCAGUGUUGGUUUAGGUCUGUACAGGAGAUGUGUUGCCAAAAAGAACAAAAUAGAAUAUCAUAUCCUUUUAAGUUUCAGUGUGUUGAGCUCUCUUGGUCACCAUAUAUAAUGUAUAAUUUCUAAGCUUAUAAAAAUACGUUGUCUAAAUGUACAAAAUCUGUUUACAGACUUUCCGAUUUUCCUGAGUCACUAAGCCUGUAUAAGGAGUGAUGUAUUUCUGAACAGUGAAGGGUUUUAUUUAUUUCAUGACAAUGCUGAUACAAAUUUGUUGUAACUCUACAAGUCACUGUAGUCUAGACACUCAACACCUACUGGUCUUUAAAGCCUUGCAUGCAUCAACAUGCCUCAGAGCUGCAAGUGUUGCUUAAUCCACAGGUUCCAUGCUGUAAGAUAGAAAUGAUAAACAGUCAAAAACACUCAGGGACAGCUACUGUAUUUUAUCAGUAGCUAAAUAAAUUCAUUUUCACAGUA